CCAGCUCUGUGUUUAGAAGAUAUGGUAAAAGGACCAUGUCGUGCACGUCACAUCCGGUGGUUUUACAAUGUUACAGCAGAAAUGUGUGAGAGUUUCUUCUAUGGUGGUUGUCGUGGAAACGAAAAUCGGUUUCGUACAAAAGAAGAUUGUGAGGAUAUAUGUAUGACGAACUUUAUUAUGAAAUGA